AUGCUUAAGGAUAUCACAAACAGCAAUUCGAACACAACCGGCGGGCACCCGGGCUCCCCUCUGCACCUCGAGAAGCCCUUUAAGGCCGUGCCCGAUGCCACGCGGGUGAGCCUUCCCCUCCUCCAGGCCUCCAUUCCUACAGCAGCGCACCCUGUGGUGCUCCCCAUCCCCCCCAGCGAGGUCGCGACCAAGUUGACGCGCAUCACCGAGGGCCUUCGCCAGCUCCUCCAGGGCAUGUCGGCCUGGAUCGCGAUGCGGGAACCCAUGGCCAACAGCGCCGAGCUCGAGGCCGUCCAUCCGCAGCUUCGCGAGGUGGAGUCGCUGCUCGCGCAGGCCCGGGCCCUGCACCGCCUGCAGGGCCCCUUUGCCACCUCGAAGGCGCCCUCUCCCCAGGCUCCGGGGGGACAAAUCGGGCCAGAGGAGACGACCCAGGCGGCCGAGCGGCCUUUGAUUGUCAUCGGGGGGAGUCGGCGGGGGCUCGCGCCCCCGAGCCGGCGGCGCCUGUCCGAGUCUAAAUUUUCCUACGGCCGCAUUUCCUGGCCCCCUACAGUGAGCCGCCGGAUCGUCGUCGUGGAGUUUAAACGACAGCGGCUGAAGCGGUGUUUAUCUGAGGUCGCGAUGGAUCCCGGGACCUACGUGAUCGUCCCUGGCGACCGCGGGUACGACUGUGGGUUGGUGGUGCAGUGCGGAGUGUGGAAUCCGGCCCUGGACGGCUUCGAGGAGGAUACGCUGCGCACGAUGGAUGACAACCCCAUUUCCAUCACGCGGAUGAAAGGGGAUGUCGUCACCGUCCUGCGGGAGGCCACCACCGAGGAGGUUCAUCAGCUCUACGGUGAGCAGGCUACCAAAGAGCGGUUGGCACUCAAGACCUGCCGCGAGCUUGUGCAAAAACUCGAACUCGAUAUGACUGUCGUUGACUGCGAAUACCAGUUCGACGGGACGAAAAUAAGCUUUUACUUUGAAGCGAGUCAUUCCAUCGACUUUCGAGACCUCAACAGGGAAUUGUUUCGAAUCUUCAAUGCUCGGAUUUGGAUGGAGAACGUUAACAAUUGUGUUAAAAAUGUGAUUCCAGAAGGCGCCAUGUCGAAAAGCGAUAAGAUCCAAUAUCAAAGCAGUGGAUUACGGCUUCCACCUCAUUGA